GCUCAACCGAACGAGGCACGUUUGUUGUCGGUGGAGGGUGAAUGACAGAGCGCUACUGAAGUUGCUGAAAGUGAAGCGCCUCAUUACUAAAGCAACUUUGCACAGUGUACACACGAAGAGACGGGGAUUAACAAAAUGUCUUCUACCGAGUCCAUUAUCAGAUCCAGACAGACUGAGAAAGAAGUGAAUGGGAUUUCGACACAGGUCGUCUGUACAGAGUUCAGCAAUUACAUUUUCAUAGUUGUCACUCAGUAUGGCAAAAUCGGAACGCUGAUAUCUGUCACACCUGACUCCAAAUCUAAUGAUAUCAGCACUCCAGCGUUCUCCACCAAAGUACUGCUGGGCAAAGACGAGCCACUCACACAUGUCUGUGCCAAAAACCUGGCAACGUUUGUGUCACAAGAAGCCAGCAACAGGCCCGUCUUACUGGGACUGGCACUCAAGGAUUCCUCCAUAGAUGCGAUAAAACAAAUGAAAGAGAUCAUCAAAACUUGUAAAGUCUGGUAGGACGUCAACAAAAUGGACAUGAAGCCUCAAAGCUUGAAAUACAGGCCGUCUGGAUUCCCCCUAAUGUCACCUUUUCCCUCUGCGUCUUUUUAAACUCAAAGGAAAAAACACUGACGGUUGUGCUGCAAGACUGAAACUUAUAAAUCCAAUUACAUUUACUCUGAUCCUGUUGAUUUGUGUAGACAGUACGGAAUGUCCUCUGGAAAACAUACAUUUGUACUUUAUCUGGUUUUAAAGAGUUGUUUUCUGCAAGCCAGUGUGCUCUCAAAUGCUGAAAAACUGUUUAGAAUUGUGUCCUACAAAAUGAUGGCCAUUAGCUCCAGCACUGUACAAAAUAUGUGUCGAUGUUACUCUUUUUGUUCUGGAAUUUGUAAUAGUUUACACUGUCUGUUAUUUUUGUAUUUUAUAAUGCAAAUAUUCUAAAUUGUUUCAUGAAGACAAUGUAAAAAUAAAACUGGUCAGAUCUAAAACUUGUAUUUUUUCUCUUUUUGAAAAAAGUGUAACUCAAUCAUCUUACCCCCAGAAGGAUAGUUUAGGGUUAGCACUGUAUAAAUAUGUUAAGCAUCAGAAAUGUUCCCAUUCAACUGGAAAAUUCUGCUCAACCUUCUUUAAUCUGCAUUUUAAAUCAAUUAUAGCCAUGAUACACUGGUAAAAGUGCAGUAAAGCAUCAUUUAGAGUAAUUUCCAACACAUUUCAAAGUGCCACAGUCU